AUAUUAUUUAUUAACCUGUUAUAAGCGCUUACAUUAUGCAGAGCUUAGGGCUUCGUCCGCGAGUGCUUGCUUCAGAGCGGUCGUAUAGGGCUCACUCGAGAUCCAGAAACUGUUGUUCUACCAAACAAUUUCGGUUGCGAUGUACACCAAAAGGUCCAUCCGAUGAAUCCCAAGACCCGGAUGUGCCUCCGCCAACGCCAGGCACGCCACUAUCGGAUGCCAUCAGCCGGAGCCUCACAGAGCUGUCCAAGGGCGCCCGGCGGCCCCCCGGCACCACCAACCUGCUGCUGUGCGGCGAGUCGGAGGAGACGUGGCGGCGGCUGGACCUCAGGGUCAACAAGUACCCCAUCCAGCGCAGCUUCACCGCCAUUGGGACGGGCGGCCAGGAGUUCAGGCAGGCGAUGGUGUCCGCGGUGGAGCGGGUGGUGGGCUGCGUGCACGCGGAGUGCGUGUCGGAGCGCCAUUCCAGCGGCCGGAACUACAUCAGCGUCACCGUGGGGCCGGUGUGGGUGGAGAGCGGGGACCAGAUCAUCCAGGUGUACGCCAACAUGAAGAGCGACCCACGGGCCAGGUGGAUCAUUUGAGGCCCGUGUGGGGCCCGGUGGGGGGCUGCGGCGAGGGAGGGGCGCAGGCAGGCAGAGCGGCAGCUGCUGCUAGCGGGCGGGGUAGGGCGCGGUGGGUCCGACCCCCGCCCCACUGGACCGCUCAGCUCCACCUGUGCCACUCAUGUAGACGCGUGCGCAGUGUGCAGCCCACGUCGUCCCUGCGUAUCCGACAUUAAUACAAUAUGUAUCGCCCGAUGACAGAGUGAGUGUGCGGUGCGGCACGGUGCUCAGUGCUGCUGCUGCAGGCACAACCGCACCCGGGCACCCAGGCACCCGCAUCCCGGGGGUGCCCCGGGUGCAGCUGGGCUGCAUGCAUGCGGGCGCAGCAGGGCGAGGGGGUGGCUGGCGGCCAGCG